AUGCCCAAGUACAACAACGUGAUCAUCUUUGGUGCUACCGGCGACGUGGGCUCUGCCGCCGCCCUGCAAGCCCAUCAGCACGGAGCCACCGUGUCGCUGGCGACGCGGAAUACCUCCAAGCCAAUUCCUAAACUCGACCACCUCCCGUUCCAGAAAUACCAAGCCGAUUUGACCCAGCCCGAUACGCUGCGGACUGCGGUUCGCCAGGCUGGCGCGCAGGCUGCCUUUCUGUACGGAAUCUUCGACGGGCCGGACUUCAUGAGGGCCGCGCUUCGAGCACUCAAAGAGGCCGGGGUGGAGUUUAUUGUCUUCCUCAGCAGUUUCAUUAUCCUGACCGACAUCCAUGAGGUGGAUCCCUCCGAUAUCGUCCCCUGGGAGCAUGCCCAGGUGGAAAUCGCGCUGGAGGAGAUCUAUGGGAGCUCUGGCUACGUGACGGUGCGGCCUGCAUUCUACGCCAGCAAUCUUCUGCACGAGAAGCAGGCCAUUCUACGGGGACAAGUGGGACUGCCGAACCCCGAUGCCACGUUUGACUUUAUCUCAUCGGAGGACAUCGGCCAUGUCGCGGGGACGAUCCUGGUCAAUGGCGCCCAGGAACAGAUCGUGCGGCUUCUUGGGCCUGAGCGGAUGACGAUGAGGGAAGCGGUAGGAAUCGUGGGCCAUGCUCUGGGCAAGGAGGUCCAAGUCACUGCUAUCACUCGGGAAGAGGCUGUCGCGCACCUCGAGGCCGCCGGCAUGCCCCCCGAAGCACUCACUGCACGCGAUAACAUAAUGACCUAUGCCCAUCAUCCUCCGCAGCGCUUGCAGCAGUGGGUAGAGAACAACCUGGCCAAGUUUUUGUAA